UAACUUCCUCUAUCUCAUUCGGGAGGAACGAAGCAAGGUACGAGGUGCUCUCCCCUUCGGUGUCCAUUCGACGUGGUUUCCCGUAAUCUCUUUUUAUGCUCGACCCUUGGCUUUCUUUUCCGUUUGCUUGAACUGAAGAAUCAGAAUGUGCUGUAGAGUUUUUUCUCAUUUUUGGGAGUUUCGUUGGUAGAAUUUUUCCUAGUGUAACACUGUCUCGUAGGAAAUCGAUACUCAUCUCGAUUUUGUAGAGCUCUUUGGGUAUUUCCGAUAACAUUUUAAGGUAUGUCGUUGCUGGAAACGAUUAUACGGGCUUCGGCCGAAAAAGGUUCGAGCGAAAACCCUACCAAAUUUCCGAUUGUUUUGAACGCUAACGAUAUAUUCGGUCGGUUGAAGCCUGAGAACGAGGAUUCGGAUGGUGGGUAUCUGUUAAGACGGAUGGUCGGUUGGGAAAUUUCAGAGAAGGAUUCGAAAGUCAUCGAAUUGGGAAACAAGUUCAUCAAAAACUUGAAACGUAAAAUGAAGAAGCCUAAGUUGUUCACGAGAGAGUUAUUUCUAGAGAUGCUGAAUUCGUUUCUGGAGAAGACCAUGUCAGAAGUCGGUAUUGCUUCUUCGGAGAUGAAGUCAAGUGAUCCCAGUUACACUUAUUUGCUAAUUGAGAAGGUAGGGAUGGUUGUUGGUCAAUCGGUGAUGUCUUUGAUUGUUGAGAAUUGUGUUACUUUUGAUUUAUGGGAGCUCUUGAGGACGAUUCUUUGUGGAGGACUGAUUACCCGUUCUUCAUGCCCAGAUUUAGCCGAGAAACUGGUCCAUAAUCACAGAGCAGAAUUGGUAGUUCUGUGCAUUCAGUAUGUGCCUGAUCUCCAAUCUUCAGACCUUUUGUUCAUUUUGAGAUACUUGUUAUCUUCUUCUCGUGAUGAUUUGAGCAUAUUAAGUGUUAAAAGGGAGUGGGAAAGCAAAGCAUUGUCACACAUUGAGAAGGCGAGCAGGAAGCUUGGACAUAAGGACUCGAAAAUUUGCUUGCACUACUUGUUGGCUUCUUCUCAUGAUGGUCUUGUACUAUCAUCGGCAGUUUCUGGAUUGGGACCAGCGGAGAUCCUAAAUUUUCUGAAAUAUCUGUCAAAGUGGUUAGAAAAAUAUUCAAGGUUUCCUGAAGCAGCUACCCGUAGUUCAUCGCUGGAACAAAAGCUGGAAGCUUGUAAGUGGAUACCGUCACUUGAAACAGUUGUAAGUGCUUUAGGGAUGGUGAUAGAUCAGCAUUUCUUAUGUUUAGUUUUACAUCCUGAAUUUCAUGAUGAAAUAAAGUUCAUGCAGAAGGUUGUUAAGAACUUGGUGGUAGAGACAAAGCUGGGAUGCUCUAUUGCAGAUGUAAUUAAGAGCUUGAGAUUGGCUACUGGUGCUUCGUAACAAAGUAGUUAAGAAAAAAUGUCAAUGCAGAUGAGAAUCUCUUCAAGGUUAUUCAGUGGCUUAAUGACUAACAUGGAAGUGUUGAAGACAAUGCAUGUGGUGAGGAAGAUGGUAACUGGAUAUUAGUUUCCAAAAUGCAUUCAAAAUGGGCCCAUUAAUUUUGAUUGUAGCAGCCCAUAAUAGUCGGAAAGGUACCUCAAAUGAUGGCAAUAUUAGUUCUUUCAAGUGAUGAAUCGUAUAUGGGAACUGAGAAAACGCACAUGUGGCGGAAAAUAUUUUCAGCGUGUUGACGUUAUUCUUGAGCUUUUGCUGCCAUUUUUUUAUUGUAUUUUGGAGCAUCCAAUAUUUAUUAAUGUAUGUUACUCUGGAUUCCACAUUCUGGAGUGCCAUGUAGCUCCCAUUUUCUCGUUCAUUCCUUCAAUUUUGGGAAGAAAAACUACUGUUUUUGUCAAUUUUCUAAUGAAUUUAUCUUUGCAUUU